CAGCAGUGAGACGCAGCAGUCACCGAGUCCAGUCUCUCGCAUUUUCGAAGCACUGCUUGUUGAUCAAAGGCGUCGCAUUUCCAGCAUUUUCUCCUUUGAGAGGCUUUAAAAUAAUAUUUUCUUUCAUAAUUAAAAAAAAUCCACAUGUUUGCUUCACAUCAAGCUAUAAAUAGCAUGGAUGCUAUUAAAGGAGAAUUUUUUGAGUGCAGAUGGGUCGCGUGUCAUGAACAAUUUUCCUCGUUGGCCCUACUUGGGACUCACAUAGCCAUCGACCACUGCCCAAGCAGACGGGACGUGAUGAACAAGUGUCCCUUAUCUGUCUACACGUGUCAGUGGCGCGAUUGCCCUAGGAGAGGGAAGCACUUUGAAGCGAGGUAUAAGCUGCUUGACCAUGUCAGAACACACACAAAUGAAAAACCCUACCAGUGUAACUUAUGUUUCAAAGCCUUUAGUCGGACAGAAAAUUUGAAAAAUCAUAUCCGAACGCAUACAGGUGCGAAACCAUUUUUAUGCUCUCAUCCCGGUUGCAAACGCGCGUUCAGUAACUCGAGCGACAGGUACAAGCACAUGCUGACCCACUGGGUGGAAAAACCGUACGCCUGCAGGGUGCUUGGCUGCGGCAAGAGAUACACCGACCCGAGCUCACUUCGGAAACACUCAAAAUCUGCGACGCAUUGCAAAGUCCAAUCUAGUUGUUGGAUUGAAGAGAGGGAGAAUGUUUUUUCAUGGCCAGUUGGCGAGCAACUGUUUCCCAUUGAUCUGUCUGUACGAAAAACAAGCCUCUUUACCAAUCGUUGCUUUUGAUGUAGAUUGGCCAUGGCCACUUUUAAUCUCUAUUUAAAUAAAUCCUUGUGAUUCAUGUAUUGUGAUAAAUAGUAUGCAGAUCGAUAAAUAAUAAAUUAAAAAUUUUUAAGCUUUCUAUAAUAACCUUU